UAGUGCUGCUCUCCCCUAGAAAAAAAGAUCCUUCAAAAAUGGAAAAUCGUGAAGAAAACGUGUGUAAAUUGUGUUUGACAACUAAAGCUAAGUACACAUGUCCUCGCUGUAAUGUCCAAUACUGCUCAUUAGAAUGUUACAAAAGUGAAAAACAUCUGGAAUGUUCAGAGAAUUUUUACAAGGAGUGUUUUGUGGAAGGAUUGAAAGACUUUGAUUCCAGCAAAGAAGAUAAGCAGAAGGUUCUAGAGAUGUUACAGAGAGUCAAAGAUGAUGAUCCUGGUUUUGAUUCUGAUGAUGAUGAAGAGGAUUUGGAGGCUAGACUACAAGGUCUGGAUUUAGAAAAUGAUACCAAGACUGUAUGGAAUAAAUUAACAAACAAAGAAAAGAAAGAAUUUGAGAGGUUGAUGGCAGGUGGAGAGUUAUCUACCUUGGUUGAAGUAUGGACACCAUGGUGGAAUGAUAAGGUUUUGAUAUCAGAAAUGAACGAGAGAAAAGUAAAGACAAGAAUUCCAGCUAUUCAGAAGGAUAUAACUGAUAUUUCAACUUUAUUGUCAAAAGGGAAGCCGUCAGCAGACCUGAAAAACAAUGUCAUAAACGUUCUGUAUGCCUACUGUUUUGUUUGUCGACUUUACAAUGGAGAUUACUUGUCAUUUCCGAUAGAGGUUACCAAGGAAGUUCUAUCAGUAAGUAAAGUACUAAGAGAUACAGCAGUGUGUGGUAGUCCUCCUGAGGCAAUACAGAUGUGUUUCCAAUGUUUACAAAAUAGGGAUAAAGAAAAUUUGACCUCACGACAGUUCAACAUAUCAAUGAUAGAGGAUGUAAUCAGAAUUAUACAGGGACCCAGUCAAUAUAAUCCUUUACAAUCUGUUAUGGCUGCCUUGUCAGAACUGGUCCUGUUGUUUCAUAAGGCCAUGUCAGAAUUGAAAACAGAUAUAAAGAAAAGUAAAGAAGAGAAGACACGAUUUGAAAACAAAGAUUUAAAAAAGAAAGUGUUUAUAAGUUUAAAGAAAGUAGAGUUUUUAUUAAGCUGGACACAAAGAUUUGGUAUGGCAUUGCAGUCAACAGUGACAGAACUCCAAUUAGAAUUUUGUGCCAUGAGCAGUGAUUUAGCAGAAGUGAAUGAAACCAAACAAAAAGUAGAAUAUUUUCAGAAAGAAAAACUACUGAAAGACAAUAAAAAACUUGUACAGGAAAUAUAGAUACUAUGAAGGAAAAUACCAAGAAUUCGAAUUCGAGAUGAUUAUUGGGAUAAGCUGUUGGUGAUCUCCCCUGUACACAGUUAUACAUUUACUUACAUUCUAAUCCAUUUGAAAAAUACUUGAUUAAGGUAGUAUUGGGGCUAUAAACAAAAAAUAAAAUAAAAUUUGCUUAUUUCAUUAAAAA